CGAACGACGCUUAACCGUAUCCGAUUUCAAUUCCCUUCGUUUUGUGUCAAAGGUCGGAAGUUAGUGUUCUUCUGUCUAAGAAAUGUCUAACAGCAAGUAGAUAUCGGCUGGUUUCUCAGCGAACUCUCAAGGCGAAAGACACGCCUACGGAAGCUAACACGCUGCAGCAUAGGUGGACUCGGGACUGCGGAUGCCCGAGGUGGCGGUGCUGCUCUUGCAGUGGCGCCAGCAGAAAGGCUGACUGCACAGCCCAUUUGUAUCCCCUCUAUGAGUAAUGAAUGCAUUCUGGAGCAUGUCUGCGAACACCAGUCGCAAGAGAACUGACAGUGAGGACAAGAUUGCACAAGGGGAGCAGCGCACAAGUCCCCCAAGGGCUCCUUUUGGCAAGAAGCAGCUGCCCUCCAUUCCCAAGAACGCGGUACCAAUCACCAAGCCAGUCUCACCUGCCCCAUCAGCCCAGUCCUCCAAUGGCACUCAUGCCUCCUAUGGCCCCUUCUACCUGGAGUACUCGCUACUUGCAGAGUUCACGCUGGUGAUAAAGCAGAAGCUCCCUGGGAUAUAUGUACAGCCAUCCUACAGAUCAGCGUUAAUGUGGUUUGGGGUCAUUUUUAUAAGGCAUGGUUUGUAUCAGGAUGGCGUCUUCAAGUUCACAGUUUACAUCCCAGAUAAUUACCCCGAUGGAGACUGUCCAAGGGUGGUCUUUGACAUCCCAGUCUUCCACCCUUUAGUGGACCCUGUGUCAGGGGAGCUUGAUGUGAAGAGAGCCUUCACAAGGUGGAGGCGCAAUCAUAAUCACAUCUGGCAAGUGCUGAUGUAUGCGCGUACCAUCUUCUAUAAGAUCAAUACUGUGGAGCCCCUGAACCCAGAGGCAGCUGUACUGUAUGACAAGGAUGUUCAGCUGUUCAAAAGCAAGGUGGUUGACAGUGUGAAACUAUGCAACAGCCAUCUUUUUGACCCACCCAAGAUUGAUGAUCCUUAUGCAAUAAGCUUCUCCCCAUGGAAUCCAGCUGUCCACGAAGAAGCAAGGGAGAGAAUGUUUGCUCAUAAAAGACGGCCUGAGGAUCUCAAGGGGCUGCAGGUAUCGGGGUUGUCCUGGGUGAAGCCUGGAUCUACACUCCCCUUCAGCAAAGAGGAGAACAGCCUUCAGACAUGAGCCUGCAGCUCUCGUUCGAGCCACUGUGGGGCAUCAUCAGUACAGUAGACAUGUCCCAGGCUUGUGGGGGCAACAUGGACUGCAGCUCAAAUGGAAUGAAAACCGCUUACCUUUAUAUGAGUUAAUGACACUGGCUCAGCUUCGACUGAUGAUGCAAGUUUUGGCUCAGACUAGGGCAGAAGCGGGCCUACGUUUCCCAUGUACGUUCGCACCAAACAACCUCAACGAAAGCACUUGCAGACUUAUCGACUGCUCUGUGACUUUCCUUUUUGACCCUCACCAUCUCAUUAUGUUCUAGGGGAAAAUUUAUUGCUGGUCAUAUUAAGCAGCUGACAGCAUUUUACAUUUUUUGCCUCUCCCUUAAACCUUUUUAAUAACAUGGCAGUCCAGUGUUGGCUUGACACUACACUUAGCUUUUAUUGGGUUUUGAAGGGGCUCUUUAAUGGUUAGUAUGUUCAGAUUCCGCUGUACAAUGUAUGACACCUGAAAAUGUUUAAUAUAUAAUGACAAAAAGGUAAAUAUGGUUCAAAGAUAAGUUAAUCAUUUAUUGAAUCAUUUAUGCUUCUAUUGUAAUUUUUGGAUUUUUUUUCUUAUCCUGAAUGAAACAAUGUUUGUAAAUAGGAAUUUUCUGUAAAUUUGAUCUCAUUGGUAGUUUUGCUGAAAUAGGUCAUUGGUUCUAUUCAUGUACAGACGGAAACUUAAUUUUUGAAUCAUAAUUGGUUUAUUUUUGCUUUUUUCUGGUCAAACUUUCUCCCCCCCACCCUUUCUAAAGUGGUUACUUGACAUUGUUUGAAACUGUAUACUGCAUUGGUAUUUUUAAGCCAAGUUUUCAGUGGAAGUAAAUAAAAAAUUUUAAAUCUGA